AUGAAGGCCGUUGCUUCCAUUCUUGCCCUCGUGGCCACAGUUCAGGCUCAUUACACCUUCCCAUCUCUCAUCACCGGCAGCACCACGACACCUGAGUGGCAAUAUGUGCGCCAAUGGACAAACUAUCAGUCCAACGGCCCCGUAACGGAUGUCUCCUCCCUCGACAUCCGAUGCAAUGCUGGAGGAGCCUCUAAGUCGGCCGCUGGGAUUCAAACCGUUGCCGCCGGCUCUCAAGCUGGCUUCACUGCCUCUCCAGACAUUUAUCACCCCGGCCCACUGAUGGCCUACAUGGCUAAAGUGCCCUCCGGCAAGACGGCUGCUAAUUGGGAUGGAAGUGGGAACGUGUGGUUUAAGAUUUUUGAGCAAGGGCCGACGUUUGGCAGCCAGCUGACGUGGGCAAACAACGGCUAUACCAAAGCUAUGUUCACGAUCCCUAGCUCCGUCCCCGCAGGCGACUACCUCUUCCGCAUUGAGCAUAUUGGCCUCCACUCAGCAUCUGCCGCCGGCGGUGCACAGUUCUACAUCUCGUGCGGACAAAUUACAGUUACGGGCGGUGGAUCAGGAACCCCAGGCCCGCUUGUUGCGUUUCCUGGAGCGUAUAAGGCAACGGAUCCGGGACUGAUGAUUAAUAUUUAUUACCCAGUUCCAACCACGUACCAGAUGCCCGGUCCUGCUGUUUGGAAGGGAUAA